AUGGCAACUUUUCUUCUAAAUCUGCCUAUUUGGGGCUCAGAGGCCUUAGGCCUUCCCCUUGCAAAAAUCUUUGGAGAUGUAUUUGGAAAGUUAGAGUACCCUAUAGAAUUCAUGUGUUUCUUUGGAGAGCAGCUAGAAAUAUUUUUCCCUCCAGAACUGUCCUUCACACUAGAAUGCCUAUGCAUAGUGUGGAUUUUCCUAGGUGUUCUGGAUCCUCAGGAAACUAUUAUGCAUUGUUUGGUCACUUGCCCCUUUGCUAGUAAGGUCUGGUUCAUUUCUGACUUCAAUAUCAACACUCAAUUUUUUCAGGACAAUUCUUUUACUGACUGGCUUCUCUUCUGGUUAAUUGAUACUCAGUCUAAACUGCCUGAGGAUGAUCAAUGUCUUUUUGUGGAUAUCCUAUGGUCUCUCUGGACAAGUAGAAACAACCUCAUUUUCCAAGGAAUUAAGGAGAACUUCACUGCUGUCUUAGCUAGAGCUAUGCUUCUCACUAGGAAGUCUAGGAAUCCUAGUCUGACUAUCCCCACUACCAUGCAUGUCAGGUAUGUGAUGCGAGACUUCACAAAAAAAGCAACCUUUUGUGCUUCCUUAGUUUUUAAUGUUCACUCUGCUGAAGAAGCUGAAGUAAGAGCCAUCUGGGCAGUCCUAAAGAAAGCUGUGGAACAACACCUAUCUCACAUCAUCAUAGAAAGUGAUGUGAAAGCUUUCAUCGACCAAUUUUCAGAUGGGAAUUUCGAUGGAGACACAAGGACGGAUGCUAUCUUUAAUGACAUUCUAUUUUUCUCUACUAAGUUAUCUGCUUUUAUUUUUAGUUUUCAACCUAGAGUUUAUAAUUAUGUAGCUUAUGAGCUUGCUCUGUGGGCUAAACAAAACAAUUCUACCAUGUACUGGUUUAAACCCCCUGUUUGGAUUCUUCCAACAGUUGAGGAGGACCAUUAG